AUGCCAGCGCUCAAUCAACGCAUUUACGAGUUUUUUCACAACUACAUCGACCGCGGCGUUUGCUUCGUCAUGGGCUCCGUGUCUCUUCUUGCCCUCAUUCUUCUAAUCCCGUUGGUCAUAUUCCCAGUGAAGCCGAAUCCUGAUCUCAAAUACGAAUGUGUCAGAUGCGUUGAUGAGCAAUUCAUUCAAUGCAAGUACCCCUGCCAGAUGAUUGAAAUAUUGUCGAACCAAACCGCAGAGCCGCAAGCUUUCUAUUAUGACUGUGGACCAAAUCCAUCGUUGAGAUGGAGCCCAUCGCGUUACUUUCUUCACUUCGAUGACAUGGUCAUGGAUGGAAUUUACAGAUAUGGAGGAGCAUUUAUGCGAAUGCACAGCUAUCCCAAUGGCACAAACAUCAGUAUGCUGCGUGAUGGACCGCUUCUCGACGGAGUUCAAUGGAAGUAUGUGAUAGGCGCUGUCGUUUUCGAUGCCGUCCUUCUUGCAUUAUAUUUGUACGUCAAGAUUUUCUUUCACUCGAUCGAAGAAGCGGAAAGAGCGGUAACUACAAAAGCGGCAAUCUUCCUGAGCAAGCUAAAAGCUGGCAAGGAGGAAAAUAUGAAGAUUGUAAGCAACGAGCACAAUCCAGUUGUCGAUAUUUAA